CCAACAAAAACUUUUAUUCUGUAGUUUUAUCUUAAAGAUCAAAUGAAAAAAUAUUCAUAAUAUAAGAUAAAUCAUUGCUGGAAAUGUAUAAAAUUCAACAAAACGUGAAACUAAAUUAUACUACACAUCAGGCAGUGUUCAAUUGGUGUAUUAUUUGUUAAAUAUGUUAUUGUAACUUAAGCUCUUUUAAUUCAAUCAUCUUUAAUAAUCAACUACCAGUAACUUAUUAAGAUUUUAGUGCCCAAUAGUACUAGAAAAACAAUGGAAUCUUUAAAGUUAGCUGUUUUAGUAUUAUGCUUUGUCGUAGUUUUUGCUGCAGACAAUCCGACGGUAAAUUGGAGUUCGGACCCUGAAUCAUUCCCAGGAUUUUUGUUGAAAAAAAUGUAUGGAAAGUCCGAUGAAGAAAUUCAAAAGGCUAUGACAAAAUCAUACGAAUCAAUUUUGAAAAUAAUUACUGAAUAUAGUAGUCAUGUGUUAGAUCCAGAAUCUCCUUUGGGUUUUUUCAAAGAUGAAAUGCCUUUACCUAAUACUCGAUCUGUUCUACCUCAAUCAGAUUUGGCUUUCAUUAAUAACAAUAUUCGUGGAUUAUUAACUUAUAGCAAAAACUCGAUUGUCCUUCAAUGGGCUCCUGAUCAAGUAACGACAGAAGUAGUAUGGAAAGAAGCAAACAUCAGAGGAAAAUAUAUUUUUAUAAACAGUACUUAUUUUAACCAAGGAAAAUAUCACAUUCAAAUUCAAGACAUGAAAUAUCUUUCUAACACUCCACUAUCAGAUAAUACUGCAGCUUAUCCAUUAUCUGUUCCUAAGUCUAGCAUGUCAUACAAGUCAGCCAAAGCAUUUUUUACUGGUGGUCUACCCGAUGUAAAUCAAAUUAACAAUGAUCCUCAUAUCAAGUACUUUUUGGAAGAUAUUGUUUUUCAACACGUGGCAGAUCGCGUGGCUAGAGAUAUGCAUAAUAACAUUACAUUUGCUAUACGACAAGCUGUAAAAUCUGUCAUAGUAUUUAAAACCGAUUCCAUUGUAGACGUUCCAUCUUUUAACGGUAAAUUAUCCUCUAAAGCGGGUUUUACAGUUAAUAACAUACUGAUAAAUGGUCUAUCUAACACUGAGAACAAAGUGAAAAAAGUAACCGUUAAGGCUGCGGCGAAAAGUGCAAUUGUCGAAUUCCGUAUUACAUCACACAAUUUGGACGGUAAAUUUAAUUUAAAAAUUGAAGAGAGUAAACCAUUCACAGGAGUUUCUAAUGUUACCAUUUCUCGGAUUGAUAUCAUAUUAAGUUUCAAUAUACUCAAAACUACUGAAUGCAAAACUGAUGUUGUCUUGACAAAUUUUGUAGUUAAGCCUCCAGCUGGGUCAAAAAUGACGAGUGAUGAUGAGAAGGUCGUCGCAAAUGCAUUCAGCAAUAACCUUAAAACCUUUUUUGAAACAAACUUAUGUAAGAAAAUCAGUGAAAGUAUCAAGUAUAAAUCUUAAAAAAAUGAAAUUUUGUAUUAAUCGGAAGUGAUUAGUUUAAGUUCUCUUUUCUGUCACAAAUAAAAUUAUUUAUAAUUUAUAAGAACAAAUAUUUACACUAUAAAAAAAAUUUAAGUUAGCACUUUUUUUAUUUUGUUUUUUAAGUGUUCAAUCGUGUAAAAUUCUUGUUUGUAACUUAGAAGUAUAAUGUUUUCCAUAAUUCGAAACAAUCUUGGUAAGACUGGACGAAUUAGAGGAGUUUUAUUAGUUAUUGAAUUAUGUUUAUUUUUUUAAAUUUAGAUGUCUAAAAAAAUUAUGAUUUAAAAUCAAUAGUAACUCUAUUAUGUAUCUAA